UCUCGCCGCGGUUACGUCCAUACAUUGGGUCCGCAUUGUAUGCAGGUAAGGAAAAUUCGUUAAAAACAUUGCACUAUAGAUUUUGUCUCCCUCGCAAGAAAUGUCUCCAGAACAUCAAGAAGCCAUGCCGUGUGAUGAACUACCUGACAUCACCGUUAAAACGAAUGACGUCAUCCUCGGUCAAAUUUGGAAAGGAUGUCUUGAAUCACGAAACAUACCGAUGGCUGGCCAUGGUAUAUUUUGUGACAUUUUUUAUCUUUCUGCCGUUACUGUGCCAAAAAUUGCCAAAUUCGUUGUUUUUUAUUCAGCCACAGGAUCUUGAAUACGAAAGGAGUAAGGUAUGGAAACAGAAUGACAUCAAUGCCGAGGCGGCAACCGACUACGUCACUCGCGAAGGCAAUGCGUUACGGCGUAACAUAAAUCUAACUGCCGCUGGACAAGCUAAACACUCUGUUCCGAACUCUGUUGUGCUUAUUACUGUGAUAUCUGUCAGUCGGGCAAACUCACAGGGACAUGGAACGAAAUACCUGACGCAAGCUGUCGCCAAAACACACCGACUUCUGAAGGAGUUUCACGCGGCAAGUAAUGAUGAUUUCUUCCAGAUGGCGAUAUGUAAUGUAGAUUCUCAGCCAAUGGACAACACAGAGGCAAAGUUCUUGUCAGAAGCCUUACAUAUCCCUCUUAUGAAUCGUUUUGCCAAGUACGGACUUGGGCAGCUAGAAAGUCGGAGUAUUUUUGAAAAAGAGAAAAACGACUACGCGUACUGUCUCAACGAAUCUUUAAAACAUAGACCUGACUACGUUUUAUUGUUGGAAGAUGACGCAAUUCUGGUUGAUAAUGCAUUUCGGACAGUUCAUCACAUACUCACACAUUCCUUUGAGUAUUUUUUCACGAAGAAACAACGCCAAGAAACGGCUUACAUUAAAUUAUAUCACCCUAUGAGACUCUUAAGUUUCUUCAGCUAUCAGGUUGAAAGAAUUCCAGAACUGCUCGCCCUUGGUGCUAUAUUUGGUUCAAUUUCAUUAGGGAUACUAUCCCGGUUGACAAAAGUCAUCGAUAAAAUCGGCUUACACCGACUAUGGCUGUUUACAAUCAUCUAUUUCACAUUGUUUUUCUUUUGUAUAGGACGAAGCAAUUUAUUAAAAGUGCGCGAAUUCUCAAACUACUUUUACCAGAUUGUCCCGGCGCCAUCUUGUUGCACGCCGGCCAUGCUGUUUCCAAACUCCACCGCGCACACGCUUGUGAAAUACUUCCAUCAGACAACGUCCAGAAAAGGUUACGCGAAGGAUUAUAUUUUGGAAACUUUCAAACAAGACACUCGUUUUGUAGGCAGAAUGAUUUCGCCGAACCUUGUGGAACAUAUCGGUAUGUUCUCCGCUCUCAGAAGAAAAACUCUUAACCCGUUCAUCGUCAAUUAAAACGCGGGAAAACGAUGCGUUAAGACGCACGGGAAGGCCCCGUUACGUCCAGUAGUUCAGAAAUCUGAACAAAUCUUUCGUGUCAAGUAAAAAUAUUUAAGGUAGAGGAGAACGAAAUAGUGCUCAAUUGCGUGUGUUGUUUUCAAUAAAGUUUAUAAGAAUAA